AUGGACAUGUCCGCUUCAGAGGAAGAGUGUCCUGUAUGCAGGGAAAACAUACAGAAUCCUUCUCAACCAUCUCCAUGCUGUGGAAAAGUAAUUUGCCAGCGAUGCCUCAGUCAAUCUUUUCGAUAUAGGCUUCAUUGUCCACACUGCAGAAGCUCAGUAAACAACCGUGAUUCUGCGAAUAAUCCAUUGGUACCUCCUGGUAGGAGGAGGCAUCUGCGCCAAAUCCUGCCAGGGGAUAUUCAAACAUUUAAUUCAAGAAGACCUGUUGGCACAAACAUACACAAUCUCCUCGGCCAACUUCGACAUUCACUGGCACAACAGGCAGACAUUGCCGCUCAAGCCAGUCCACCCAAUCAGGCUGCCCUGCCACCCGCCCCACAAAAUCAAGCCCCUUUCCCUUUAAUUUCCUCUGCACGGCCCGUUCCUACGCCACGGACACGAGCUCAACCUGCAAAUUUAAUUGCUGCCCCACAGCCUGCACCCAUUAAUGCUGCUCUGAGUGGUUUUAUUCAAGUCCCACCUGCCCCAGGUCCACUGCUGCUAAACCCCGCCCCGUCCCAGGAAAAUUUACAGGCUGAGCUGGAUGACUGGCCAUGGCAAACAGAGAUCAAUCUAAUGGGGAUGAAUCAACCUCAAGGUUUAACUGUGAGGACUUUUGCCUGUCCGUACUGCCAGGAUGAUGGACUGGAUGAACUCGAUCUACUUGAUCACUGCAAUGAACAUCAUGCCAAUGACAGCAAACCCAGUCCACCCAAUCAGGCUGCCCUGCCACCCGCCCCACAAAAUCAAGCCCCUUUCCCUUUAAUUUCCUCUGCACGGCCCGUUCCUACGCCACGGACACGAGCUCAACCUGCAAAUUUAAUUGCUGCCCCACAGCCUGCACCCAUUAAUGCUGCUCUGAGUGGUUUUAUUCAAGUCCCACCUGCCCCAGGUCCACUGCUGCUAAACCCCGCCCCGUCCCAGGAAAAUUUACAGGCUGAGCUGGAUGACUGGCCAUGGCAAACAGAGAUCAAUCUAAUGGGGAUGAAUCAACCUCAAGGUUUAACUGUGAGGACUUUUGCCUGUCCGUACUGCCAGGAUGAUGGACUGGAUGAACUCGAUCUACUUGAUCACUGCAAUGAACAUCAUGCCAAUGACAGCAAACGUGUGGUGUGUCCAGUGUGUGUGCAGACGCCCCAUGGUGAUCCACAGUACUACAGCCGCAACUUCAUUGGCCACCUCAACCUGCGCCACUGCUACUACUUGGAUGAUAUGACUAAUCUCAACCAGACUGAUGAGAUGAACAUUCAGUGUGCAAUUCUAGCAUCAUAUAAGGAAAAUAUUUAGGCCUCAUUUUCAGAAACAUGACACCACAGUCAACAUCAUAUAAAACUACUUGGGAAGAAGAUUCUGAAUCACAAGGACAUAAACAACUGAGAAAUCAAUAAAAGAUAUGGUAUAUCGAAGAUGUGAUACAAGAAGGAAAUUAAAGAAUUUACCAGUGUUAUUUGAAAUAUAAUA